AUGGCCGGCAACUGGAUCACUGGCCCGUCCAAUCAGACAACAGACUUCGGCAGCGUGUUCACUCACCAGGUGCUCCCAGUUCUCUACGUGCUGAUCGGCGGUGUGGGCUUGGCUCUCAACAGCUUGGCUGCCUGGAUCUUCUUCCGGGUGCCCAGCGACUCAGGCAUGGUGGUCUACUUGAAAAACAUGGUAGUGGCCGACCUGCUGAUGCUGCUCACCUUCCCCUGGCGCGUGGCCAGCGAGCUCGGUCUGGGCGGCUGGCAGGUCCGCGUGGCCGUGUGCCGCUACAGCGCCGUGCUCUUCUACUCCUCCAUGUACGUGGGCAUCAUCUUAAUGGGCCUCAUCAGCCUGGAGCGCUACGUCAAGGUCGUAGGACACUCCUCUUCCUGCACACACCUCCUGCAGCGAGUGGGGUUCACCCGGGUCCUGGCCCUGCUGACGUGGAGCCUGCUGCUGCUUUCCGUCCUCCCCAAUGUUGUGCUGACCAGCAAGCCUGCGGACGAGCAGAGCUCCAGACACUGUGUGCAGCUAAAGACCCCCCUGGGUCAGCAGUGGCACAAGGUGUCCUCGUAUUUCGGUGUGGCCCUGUUCUGGGCCACCGUACUGGUUCUAGCCUUCUGCUACUCUUCCAUUGCCCACCACUUCUACAAGUCAUACCGCCGCGUUCGCCAGGACGACAGCGGGGUGUACAGCAAGUCCAACUGCAGUAUCUUCAGCCUCCUGGUCGUGUUCUUCAUCUGUUUCGUGCCCUACCACAUCUGCCGCGUGACCUACACCCAAAGCCAGUUACCCGGCUCCGGCUUCAGCUGGCACAGCCGUUAUAUGCUGUUCCAGGCGAAGGAGGUCACCCUCUUCCUGUCAGCACUCAACGUGUGCCUGGACCCCGUCAUCUACUUCUUGAUGUGCACUAAGUUCCGCGAGUCACUACUGAAGAAACUGCCCAGAGGCAAGGGAGGGCCAAAGAGAUGUUCCCUUACCACAGAACAGACUGUUAGUAAUAUGUGA